GCGGGGGAGCCGUUGGGCCUCGGUCGCUGGGAACGGUGUAGGGGAGCUGGCGGGCGUGGAGGCGACUAUACCGGCUCGGCCUGGCCCCUUGGGGCCUUCCCCGCUGACGUCUUCCCGGGGUCUCUCCCCGCCACCCGUGCGCCUCUCGUCGGGGGCAGUUGCUGGCCUUCCCGAGGGGGAAUUGGGCAGGCUCCGGAGGUCGCCGGGCUCGGUCCACCGGGGGUCUCACGGCACUGGCUCACCUUGCACUGUUGAGAUUGCUCAGCGCAACUCAGAGGGCGCUGCGGCGUCUGGCUUUUAAAUAAAAAGGGGUUGUUUUGUUUUGUUUUCUUUUGUUUUCUCUCGUUGCAGACAUCUUCCAAGUCUUUCUGCUGGAGAAUUUGGUCUCUGCCUCGGUGCUAGCCUGCUGGGGUUACUGUUUGUUAAGUAGACUUCAAAGCGGUGUGACAUCGCUCCGCCAGCCCCUUCCUUCCUUAAAAAGGGUAGCUGCUUUCUGAGCCAUCACAUACCAACCUCAUGUAUUCCUAAGAUUGUCAUCAGCUUCUUGGGGUUUUUUUUAUGAGGCCUUACUGAGGUUUAAUUACUUAGAGGCUCUAGUGGUUAUAAAGUAAUUUAAGAUGUUUGUGUUAUUCGGUUUUAACUCCCUAAUUGACUGCUGUAUUAAGAAACAUUGUUUUAACUUGGGAAUGGUUAAAUGGCCAAAGAAUUAAGUUGUUUAUGGAUAAGGGCUAUUUUAUUUGACUACUGUUGGCCUGCAACUUAAACUUGCAUCUUUUAUUCUUUUUAUUCUGUGCUUUUUCUGUGUUAUGGCUGCUGCAACAAUAGUUCAUGACACAUCAGAAGCUGUAGAGCUCUGUGCUCCCUGUGGGUUGUACCUUAAACCCAUUACAAAAAUGACCAUCAGUGUGGCACUUCCUCAGCUGAAACAACCGGGAAAAUCCAUUUCAAACUGGGAAGUGAUGGAAAGAUUGAAAGCGAUGGUACAAACUCAUCAGUUUUCUACUCUGCGGAUUUCAAAAAGCACGAUGGAUUUCAUCCGGUUUGAAGGAGAGGUUGAAAACAAAAGCUUGGUUAAAUCUUUUCUGGCAUGCCUUGAUGGCAAAACAAUAAAACUGAGUGGCUUCUCUGACAUUUUAAAAGUCCGUGCUGCAGAAUAUAAGAUUGACUUUCCUACCAGACAUGACUGGGAUUCGUUCUUCCGUGAUGCAAAAGAUAUGAAUGAAACUUUGCCAGGGGAGAGGCCAGAUACUAUUCACUUAGAGGGUUUACCUUGUAAGUGGUUUGCAGCAAAGGACUCUGGCUCAGAAAAGCCAAGUGAAGAAGUCCUAAUAAAAGUUUUCAAGAAAUUUGGAGAAAUACGUAAUGUGGACAUACCCAUGCUGGACCCUUACAGAGAAGAAAUGACUGGCAGGAAUUUUCACACUUUCAGUUUUGGAGGCCAUUUAAAUUUUGAAGCUUAUGUUCAGUAUCGGGAAUACGCAGGUUUCAUUAAGGCCAUGAAUGCUCUGCGAGGGAUGAAGCUGAUGUAUAAAGGUGAUGAUGGCAAAGCAGUGGCUUGCAAUAUAAAGGUUUCUUUUGACUCAACAAAACACCUUAGUGAUGCAUCAAUUAAGAAGCGUCAGCUUGAAAGGCAAAAGCUUCAAGAGCUUGAGAAACAGAGAGAAGAACAAAAACGCAAAGAGAAAGAAGCUGAGGAAAGACAAAAAGAGGAAGAAAGGAAGCAGAGAGAGCUUGAAGAACAUGAGAGAGAGAGAAAAAGAGAAGAAAAGUUGCGCAAGAGAGAGCAAAAGCAGAGAGAUCGUGAAGUUCGCCGAAACAGAAAGCAACUUGAAAAGCUUCAAGCUGAAGAGCAGAAAAAACUGCAAGAGAAGAUAAAGUUAGAAGAAAGGAAGCUUCUGUUAGCUCAGAGAAAUCUUCAAUCCAUUAGACUAAUUGCAGAACUGCUAAGCAGAGCAAAGACAGUAAAGCUUUUGGAGCAAGAACAUAAUGAAGAGAAGAUUCGUCUUCAGCAGCUGGAGGAGAGACGAAGGCUCCAGGAGGCUGAGCUCAAACGCGUGGAGGAGGAAAAAGAGAGGGCGCUGGGGUUGCAGAGAAAAGAAAAGGAACUGAGGGAGAAACUGCUGAACAAUCUUCUGAGCAAGAAAAUGGAUGCAGUUGAUCAAAACAAAGAAGAAACUGAAACAUCUCAGUCUGACACACUGAAAACCCCUGAUGGUGUUCCACACACUGUGUCAUCCAGCUGCAUCACUUCUACCUCGGGACAGGCUGUUACAGGCAGACUGGCUACUGUUUCUCAAAGUGAAAUGGUAUCCCCUGAGAGUGCAAAUGCUAAAUGCAAGUACUUGAAUGGUAACAUUCAGAAACUUCAUAUCACAAACUCUGAAAGGUGUUCUGAGAAAAGAAGUUCUGCAGUACUUUCAAGUGUUCCCACCACUAACCAGCAGCAGAAGAGCCUCUAUAGCUAUGACCGGCAUACCUACAGGAAGGACUCGCACCGUGAGCAGGACAAACGUAGCACAGAGCCAAGGAGAAGAAAGAGCCGUUCAUGUAGCAGCAUAAACACUGACGAAAGUAAGGGUAAGCGAGAGAGAAGCAGACACAGAAGAGAUGCGAGUUAUGAGGAUGAAAAGCGCAGGAAAGAAAGGAGGUAUUAUAGACGCUCUAGCAGAAGUUACAGUCCUCGACAAAGCCGUAGUCCUCGGCGAAGAAGUGUAAGCCCCAGACGUUCACGUUACAGAAGAACUCGCAGUAGAGAACGUAAACGAGACAGAAGAGAAAGAAGUCGUAGUUGCAGAAGUGUGAGCAGGAGGCGAAGGCACCGGAGUUGACCACUGAGUAAGCAAAGGAGUACUUGGAGUGGAUAGUGGAGGCCUUGGCUCCUUGGAAAGGCUGGGCUUGGACAAAAGGGGCAGAAAGUUGUAAACGAGACCUCAUCGGUGUGACUGCUGUAGAAAACAUGUUUGUUUCAACCAAUGCUUAACUUACGUUUAGUCCAUGAAAUCAAGAAAAUAGAUGCCCGAGUUGUUUGAUGUUCCUUCGUGCUUUGUUGUCUCUUUCUAGGUUUCUGCCACAAUGUAGGUAUAACCACCUGUGCUUGUGCUUGAGUUCCUACUGUGCUAAAAAAUGACCUGUUCUCUUGAUUUUCAGUUUUCUAAACCUUAGUUUUAGUCAAUUUAGUUUUAAUCUCUGUAUCACCUAAUUUGGCUUGAGAAGUACAUGGGUGCCAAUUUUAUAGGAACUCCAGAGGUCGCAAGCUAUUACAUACAGAUUUGAUUUGAAAUGCUUUCUGGUGCGGUCAAAGAAAUCCCAUUUAACGAAGUAGAGUUUUUGCUUAUUGAGAUGAAUGGUAGGACUUUCAUAUCAUUGUAAAAAAAUAUGCAGGAUAUCUCUUAAACUGCUGUGGUUCCCUCAUGUCUGUAUGGUGCCAAGCUUUGUGGCACAAAUUAUUCUGGUGUGUAAUGCCAUUUAUAUAAUAAUACUUUCCAUGUAAGAGAGGCACACUGAUACAGGAUGUAAGAAGCAGUGGUAAAAAUGGUUGAAAAAUUCUGUUACUUUGUUGUCAUACUUGGCUUUGUAAUUACUUCAGGUGGCAUAGAGCCCCUUGAAGCAUUUUUUCAGGUACAGACAGAACUAGACAUUCUUUUUUGAAAAAGGGGCCUUCUUGCUAAAUUAUUUUUACUUGUGAUGUGGAAAGUAAGGCUGCAGUGUCUCUUGUUAAAUCCAUUUAAAAAUACUUUUGCUUCUAAAAUGCAGCUCAGGAAUAUUAAAAGCUAUAACAUUAUGGUGAAAGAGUUUAUUUUGCCUUUUUAUGGUAAAAUUAAAAAGAGAACUUUCCAGUGAACUGAAGUUGCUGUUUUAAUAUGUCAGGAUAUUAAAAUCUGCAGAAGUGUUGUGUUAAACAAAUGCAUUUGUUUAAAAAAGAUCACUCAACGCAUUUGAAUAAUGAAGAUCCGCCACUUUCUUGAUGAUCCUAUUACGUACAGGUAUGUCAACUAUUAAUUCGGUAGGGCACGUGGUCUUUAUCUGCGGCCUUCGGAUGCCAUUUUUCUUGUACUGAUGCAUCAAAUCAACAUGCAUCUCUUUACCGGGGUGCCUGAGGAGCCCAUUGGUGCUACAACUCAGCUGGAUCGCUGACUGGCCAAAUGUGUCUGUUGCUUUCAGUGAAUGCAUAUGGGGUUUGUUUCUUACUAGAUCAUGCUGCUGAAGUAUUUGUAUUUACUAGCUGUUGAAAAAAAAGAUAUUCUUUCCUCUUCCUGGGAAUUCACAUUUUUAAAGAUCUAACAUUAAUUAUGUUACUUCUCAAUUUUUGUGACUUCUCUUGUGAGUUUUUCCAUUGUCUUGGGGGCUGAGACCUAGACUGCUUAAUCUAAUCAUCUCAACACCACCAACCUCUUGAAUUCUGAGCAGUUGCUUUCUGUGAAGAGCUCAUGUUUCUGCUAUCUUUGUUAAAGUGUUAAAACCCUAUCAGUCUUAAAUAUUUAAGUUCAACUUUAGUAGUCAUUUCGCUAAAAUCCAGUCUAAUGUUGGUUGCUAGUAUUUGAUAAGGCUGGUGGGAUGCCUCUUUGUAAAUGCAUACAGUCUGGUUUACCCUGCUCUUAAAUCCUGAUACAUUGUGGUAACACCAUGUUUUUAAAAAAAAAAAGUGUAUUGUCUAGCACUGAAUGAGAAAUUUAAUGACUGUCAGUACUGAUGUCUUUGAGCUCAGGAUUAGAUUCUUACUAGUAUUUCACUAGUAUAUUUCUACUCUGUAUUUCCACUGGGAUUGAUAUGCUCAAUGAGGGUCGUCUGAUGACGCAUUUUGUAAGUAGUCAGGGAGAUGCUAGUUUGUAGUGCUACCUUCAGGAAGUCAUCAAGGUAUGAAUUCAAUAUCAUUGCUGGGAGUUGAAGCAGUUAAAACAGUAGUGGUCAUCAAAAAAUGUUAUUGAGUCAUACUAGAAGAAGACUGUGCUUGAUAGGUUGGUUUGGUUUUUUAUUUUAGCUCCAGAGGAUGCUCAAGACCAGAUUUCAAAUCCCAUCCUGAAAUUCCAUAAGCUUCCCUGACAUUUAGGGCAAUUUCUGAGGGAGAGAAGAUGAUUGUGGGAAUGAUGUUCAGUUGUCAGGUUUUGAUAAUCAUUCAUCCUAACACCAUAUCCAGCACUGGCUUCAUACAGUGUCAUAGCAACACAGAAUUGUAGAAUGGUUUGAGUUGGAAGUGACCUUUUAUAAAGGUCAUCCCGUCCAAGUCCCCUGCAGUGAGCAGGGACAUCAUAGAAUAGUCAGGGUUGGAACGGACUUUAAAGAUCAUCUAGUUCAAAUCCACCUGCCAUGGGCAGGGACAUCCCACUAGAUCAGGCUGCCCAAGGCCCCCUCCAACGUGGCCUUGAGCCACCUCCAGGGAUGGGGCAUCCACAGCUUCCGUGGGCAACCUGUGCCAGUAUCUCACCACUCUUAUCGUGAAGAAAUUCUUCCUUAUGCCUAGUCUAAAUCUGCCCCUCUCUACUUUAUACCCAUUCCUCCGUGGUCCUAUCACCACAAGUCUUUAUGAAUAGUCCCUCUCCAGCUUUCUCGUAGGCCCAUUUCAGGUACUAGAAGGUCACUAUAAGAUCUCUUGAGCCUUUUCUUCUCCAGGCUGAACUCGCUCAGCCUGUUCUUGUAUGGAAGGUGCUCCAGCCCUCUGAUCAUUUUUGUAGCCCUCCUCUGGACCUGUUCCAACAGCUCCAUAUCCUUCGUAAGCUGAGGAUUCCAGAACUGGGGACAAUACUCCAGAUGGGGUCUCGCAUCAACUAGAGCAGGUUGCUCUGAGCCUUGUCCAACCUGGCUUUGAAUGUUUCCAAGGUUGGGGCUUCUACCACCUCUCUUGGCAAUCUGUUCCAGUGUUUCACCAUCCUCAUUGUGAAAAAUUUGAUCCUUACAUCUAUUCUAAAUCUACUCUCAUUUUAAAACCAUUAACCCUUGUCCAAUAUCAGCAGGCCCAGCUAAAAGCUUUGUCUCCAUCAUUAUUAUAGGCCCUCUUUAGGUAUCAGAAGGCUGCAAUAAUGUCCUAGAGGUACGGUAACCUGAGGUCACUCGGUUGUUUCAGCUGUUUGUAUUAUUUAUUUUUUUCACAGCAGCUUCAGGAAGAAAAGCCUGGAAGUAUUUUGAAGCUACUGGCAAAUGCUUACUUCCCAAAAUGGAGAGGGAAUGUGGAAGAAGUCCUCUUUCAGUCAGUCAGCUGAACCCAAUCAAAACCUGUUAAAACUCCUAGUGUCAAAUGUUGCCCAGUAAUAGUGCAAUGCAGUUUUAUCUAGUCUAACAGCGGUAAUUUUGCUUCAGGUAUACGAUUUCCAUCAAUGCACUCCAGAAUCUUUCCAGUGCUGAAUCCCCUGAAAUGGAUAUUCCAUCAUGUGUACUGGGGCUGGCUUGGAUGGAGUUAACUUUCUUCAUAGCUGCCAAUAUGGUACUGUGUUUUGGAUUUGUCACAAAUAGAGUUGAUAACACAGUAAUGCUUUGCCUAUCUGAGCAGUGCUUGCACACUGUCAAGGCCUUCUCUCUCCAUUUCCCAUUUUGUGCACACUCCCUGAAUGGAUAGGCUAAAAUUGGGCAAGAGAUUAGGAAGGGACACAGAUGGGACAGCUGACCCCAAACGACCAAAGGAGUAUGCUGUAACAUAUGCUUAACAAUAAAAAUAUGGGCAUUUGUCUUUCCAAGGUAGGCACUGCUACAAGACUGGCUGGGCAUCGCUCUCCUUGUGGUCUUCAUUGAUGAUGGGCUUUAAACUGCAAGGAAACUUGAAAAGAGUUGAAACUGUACUACAGUCUUUUAAUAAGAUCACAAAUACAAAUUAUGCCAUGCCAUGCCCUAAAUUUGUUUAGGUUUCUAUUAUGACUAAGAUAUGUGCUAGUACUAUUGCAAAAACCUCGCAGAUGCAAUAAUCUAAAGAAUAUAAGUCUUGGUAGUACAAUUGCUUAUUGUUUGUAUUGAUUGUAAGUCAUUACAUUUCUACCAAGUAUCUUCUAGGGGUCUUAGUGUUUCAAGUGAAAAAAAAACUGGGGUACCAGUUGGCUUUAUAAUGACUUCUAGAAUAUGAAGUACCGAAAUUACUGAUAUUUUUCCCUGCUCUUGAAGAAUGUUGUGAUGCCAGUUGGUUAUGUUUUACCUGAUUGGUUGGAUUCGCAAGACUGACUUUCAGGAGCUGCCUAAAAGCAGAAAAAUCAGUUGGUCUCUAUUCUUCUGUUUCAUUGUAUGUCUGUUGAGUGACCUUGAGUUCAUAUGAGAAGGUAAGUAUUUAAUGUCUGUUGUUUGCUCUUUAAGCUGCUUUAAAGCAGUGUCCUUUUCAAAUGGACUUCAAACUUCGGUAAACAAACUUUGGCCUAAUUGACGAACAAGAUCAAAUAAUCCACACUACUGUUCUUAUUUAAUUUUUAAACGUACAGUGUUUAAACAACAUAACAGUUACAGGUUCUGAUAUAAAUGUUAAGGAAACUGGAGGGUAUAGGAUUUAGCAAUACUUAUCAAAGACAUGCAAAACCAGUAAGUUGUUCUGAAACACUGAAUUUAUGUUGGUAUGGCUGAGUAUUGGAUAGACUCUGACCUAGCUACUGAGCUACCUCUACUUUCAGGCCCCUAGCUGCUAGAAAUACAAUCCAAUUAAAAUGUCUGCAAAGAUAUCUGCCUGUUUACUUCUGAAAUUGGCGAGUGAGAAUGAUGUACCAGUAGUAACCUGACUGGCUGGCUAGGCUUGUCAUGAGCUGUACGUUACUUAUGUCCCCUUUCGUUGAAGUUACGUAUCUUAAUCUAUUUGUUUGUCAGUAUUCAGAGGUUUUGGUUUGGGGGUUUAUUCCUCUGGGUUUUAAGCAGGAAUAUAGUUUUAUUCACUGUUUUUAUUGGAAUAUCAAGGAUGUGGGUGAGCAAGACUGUAAGUCUUUGUUUCUUCUCCAUUAGAUUGCUGUUUGAAAAGAUAGAGCCUGGGUGUCAGCUUUCAUCUUGACUGAAUGCCUGGCAGCCUCAGGGGAGUAGUGUAGAGAUGGGGAAAGAAAUCCUUGAAGAUGAUGGAAGCGUUCACUAGAAGCCAUUCCUCUAGAAGCAUUAAAUUUAUCCCAUGCAUUUGACUUCAUUUUUUCAUCUUGCUUUAAAACUCUGGCACUUCUGCCAGGCCAUUGCAAAGCCAGGAGCACAACUACUUCCCAAGUUCUUGCUCUGUCAGGCAGCCAUACUUGACAAUUCAUUUUGAGCUUAUUUUAAGAAUGGGCCUUUGCUGGGAAAAGCUCAGGUUCACUCUUUACCAGUAUGUCUUUUAUCCUUCAAUAGUGGAAGAAUUGUCUCAGUGAUCAGGACUGAUGUGGUAUAAAUUUGGGGUGUAAAUCCCAUUAAACCAUGGAUCAGGCAACUCUACAGUACAGCACUGUGUUCAUGCCUGCUGGAAAACCUUGGCAGCAGUGAAAGAGACCUCUGAGCCCUGUUCCACUUCCCAAAUCUAAAGAAAUGCCUGGGUUUUCUUCCGAUGUUCUGCUUCCAUUCUUGAAUCACAAGUUGAGACAGGAAGAGAGUUUUCUCAGCUGUGAGGAUGCGCCUCUCUUUUCUCCUUGUAGAGGUGACAGAAGGAUAGGAUUGAGCAAAUGGGAACGCACCUUGCUUUUGAGGCUGUGUAGUGUUCAGAAGUGUAUUAGUCAUCUAAUGAUACAAGGAUAGUGUGUGACCUCUUCCGGUAUGAGGAUGAGGACCCUGGUUAUCCGAGAUCACUUGCAGCAAGGUCUGAGGUGAAAACGAUGGGAAGGUUAUAGGCCAAAGCUCCUGAGCUUCCACAUGUGCAGGAGCCAGUGCUUGCUCUCCACACAUGCACUGCUUCCUUGCAAUGUCUCUUGGCAGUGGCCAACUGGAGUGGUUUUCCUGCAGCCCUUGUUAAGCAAAGAAAGACUUGAGCCUCAAAAAUGUAAGAAAUCCAAGUUCUUGGUGUUAUGAGCAGUGUUACCACAUAGUCCUGUUCUGAUCGUUAAAGAAGGAUAUCUCCUCUUCCUAUCUGAGGCCCAAUGAGUCUGCACUUACCAAUGUUUCAGCCUGCAAUUUUCUUUUUAUAUUCUGGGCUCAACCUGCACUAGGUGACUCAGGAAACAGCUUAUUCAACAGAAACUGUUCCUUCUCCACAGGGGCAAGGGCAAGCUCUUCAGUAUUAUUAUUGUGCUUUCCAUCUGCUUACUGCCUCCUGUGGUUAAAUAAUUUUGAUAAAGUAUGAGUCGUAUUGCUGGAAAUAAUUGAUAUUGAUAAGAAGUGGUUACCAAGGUCAUGACAAUAUCCAUGAUUUUUUGCUGAUUGAUUUUACCUUUGUAGAAUACUCUUAUCAAUGACCUGGAAUAAAUGUAUAUGCAUGAUUAUGUAUGCAUAUAAAAAUCCCCAUUUGCUAUGUUAUCUGGAAGCAUCAUCUUGAAAGCUGUUAGAGAAAAUGGGAAUUUUUGCAGUGGCUCCCAGAAUUGUAAGCACAGGUCUGUUACCAAGAACCACAAGGCUAGAAACGGAAACCAAUGAGAGUUGAUUGCUGCUGAGUGCUACCUGAACAUCACACUGGCAGUUCUUGUACAUGUGUAGGAUCGUGUAACAGACUAUGGCAGCUGUUCAUGUUUGACAGCAGAGGUAGAGAUGUAGUUAGAAUCUAUAUAAGACAGCAACUAAACUGACUAGUUUGGCAGGUGCCUUCAUAAGUGGGUAAACAGAAAUGGCCACUGAAACCUAUGCAAGCUAAGGUUUUUUUUUUUUAGUAUAAGUAAGAGGAAAUAUAUGAUGUAUUUGUCUGUGUUUUGGUCUGUCCCCCUGGCUUUGAUAUUUGAUUAUUAUCUGCAUACAACACGUUUCGUUAAGUUUAUUUUGCAUUCUGUUGAUCUGUCUCUUCCCCAGAGCAACGAGCAUGUUAUUUGCAGACUGUAUCUUUUGUUACCUCACAAUAAAUUUGAAGAGUUGUCUCUAGUGCUUGAGUAAAGCAUCAAGCUAGUUGCAAUGAGUACUUCAGAGCUGAGUGUAUAGAUCUGAUCCCUCUUGUAUCUAACAUUUCUACAUGUGUAAGCUUUAUUGUUGUUAAAAGGAAAUAUACCAUGUUUUUUUUUUUGUACUGAAUCUCAUACUAGACUCUUAAGUCUUGUUUAAAAUAGUAUAUACCACCAUCCUUUCUCCUUUACAAUCAUAGCACAGGAAAUGAAUGUGAUCUGAUUCCCCCUCACCUGCUGUGUCCUCUGAAUAUUUCUUCUGCUUCCUCAUGAAGAAAAAAAAAAAUCAUAGCUUAGCUCAAGCAAAUGCUCAGCAAAUGCUUUGCUGUAGUAGUAGGUUCUAAAACUUUUGAAGGGCUAAGGGUAAUUUUAACUGUUUUUUAACUGAUAACAUAUCUAGUUGCACAUGCAUUCUGGCACCUGUGAAGUGAGCUCCACGUGCUCUGGACAGGAUGCCCAAGAGUGCUCUCCUUGAAACUGGACUGCAUGUAGGACAGCAUUAAGGGAUAAUGGUGUGGUAGCAUCUCAACUAGCAGUCUCAGUCUGCCGACCAAGUGUCUGAGCAGUGACUGAUCACUCUCAGACUAGGUUUUCCCUGCAACUCUGCAUAUGAUCCUUGAUGUGUGCCUGUAAGUGCUUUGAGGAAUUGUCUAGUUGUUUCUGUUACUUUCUGCCCUAACUAGAAGGGUGAAGUGCUGGCCAAGUCUUUCUCUACUCACUGCACCUAACAUGUCUGGCAAACAACAUAAGACUGUAAAAAGCAAAAGUGAGGUGAACCACCAGGUAAAAGGGUUUUGAGGUGCUUGCUCAUGCCAAGCCAUGGGGACACUUCUUUCCGAAGCUUUCUUUUUGAAGAAACAGAGGAGAAGAUUGUCAGAUUAGCAAGCGUAAAAUGACUUGUGCAAGGCAGUUGCAUGUCCACUGAUUAUCUUUGAUGCGUGACAGAGCACAAGGCCUUUCUGAUGUAAGCUGUAGGCUUUCAGCUGCUGUCUGGGUUUUCUUUUCAGAAAGAGAAAGAUGGAAAUGUUUUGGUCUGUACCAAUUUUGUGUAGAGAGCCUCUCUGCCUUGAUGGAGAUUGCCUCUUUCCUUCUGAGUCCUCCCUUUGUUGGAGAUCUCAAUGACUAUUUGGUUGAAUUAUUUGUUGAGAGGUUAUUUGCAGGCUAAGAAGCUAAACUAAAAAAACCUCUGGAUUGCUUGUGAUGGUAUUUAAAAGACAUUUUCAGUCAAGGUUUUUACUGUAAGGAAAACUGAGGAGAAGGAAGGGUUUGCUUAGAGAAUGAGAUGGGUGCAUAGGAUUUCAUGCCCUCUCCAAAUGCUUGCCAGUAGUAUAUGUGAUGUAAAUGGGGGAAAAAAAAUCAAAUUAGUCUGUGUCAAAAACUGACAAAAGCAAUAGUCAUGUUACUUAGGGAGAUGUAUCUAUUGUAAAACAUAAGACUUGGAAGUUAUAAAGAAUUAAAUAUGUGGUUCAUUGAAACUGGAUGU